AUGACCGUGGACUUUGAGGCCCCAGCAAGGCGGGUUAUCCCCCCAACUAAGCUCGCUCAUGUGGUCCUUCGAACCAACAAUUUUGCAAAAAUGGUUGAAUUUUAUAAAGACUUCCUCGGCGCAGAUGUAAUCUACGAGAGCGACUUUCUGGCCUUCCUCACAUACGACGAAGAGCAUCAUCGGGUCGCUAUCGCGGCGGUCCCUGGCACCAAGGGAAAGGACAAGAUGACCUGUGGACUUGAACAUCUUGCAUUCGCAUUUUCCACCAUUGCGGACCUCCUGCUGGCAUAUCGCCAGCGGAAGCAGAAGGGUAUCUUACCCCUCUGGCCUGUCAAUCACGGACCAACCACCUCCAUCUAUUACAAAGAUCCCGACGGCAAUAUGAUCGAGACCCAGGCUGACAACUUUGAUAACCCUGACGAUGCAACGAAAUUUAUGAAAUCGAAGUUCUUCUCGGAAAACCCUGUCGGUACGGACUUUGACCCAGAGGAUCAUAUCAAGCGCUUGUCGAAUGGGGAGCACGAGUCGGAUCUUAAAAAGAGAGUGGAAAUUGGCCCUCGCGGCUUACCUGAUUUCUUUUAG